AGGACACAAAUCACUCCCGUUUGAACAAGGGGAACAGCGAGGGAGCUGUCUCCACAAGGGUCCACCUCUCCUGGUUGAUUUCAUAUUGCUCAUUCAUGUGAUUUGAUCAGAGAAUACUCUUUGUGGAGAAAGACAGGAAAGGAAAGGAGGAGAAAAUAAAGAGAAAAAAAGUCUCUGGAUGAUGACAUUUGAUCUAACCCUCAGCGAAGCCCGUUUUUGAUCCUAUUGUUUCUUAAAGUGACAUUAGACUUUUUUUUUGCGCACGGUAGACCAAAGGGACCUCCAGUCUAAUCUUGCAGUUUUUGUUUGUUUAUUGUUGCACGGUGUUCCCAAACCUGGAUGUUGACAUCUCGCGUUUCUUUUGGCACGUCGCUCUAUUUUCUGUUUCAGAGAGGAAGCGCUAAUAGAGACAAACGCGGUGACACCUGCUCACCCAUACACUUCUCACUGUCUUUUUUUAACGGAGCGAUCAAAAGAAGCAAGCAUCGACUGAGACGGUGACAGGAGUCUGUUUUCAUGUUCGGGAUUCAAGACAGCAUUCAAAGGAGCGGGAGUAGUAUGAAAGAGGAGCCCAUCGGUGCCGGGAUGAACGCUGUCCGGACAUGGAUGCAGGGUGCCGGGGUGUUGGAUGCGAACACAGCCGCUCAGAGUGGAGUGGGUCUUGCUCGAGCACACUUUGAGAAACAGCCUCCUUCAAAUCUUCGCAAAUCCAACUUCUUCCACUUCGUUUUAGCGCUAUACGACAGACAAGGACAACCCGUGGAAAUUGAAAGAACUACUUUUGUUGGAUUUGUUGAAAAAGAAAAGGAAAGUACCGGAGAAAAGACGAACAAUGGGAUCCAUUACAGAUUGCAGCUUCUUUACAGCAACGGCAUCAGAACAGAACAGGACUUUUAUGUACGCCUGAUUGACUCCAUGACCAAACAGGCAAUUAUCUAUGAAGGGCAAGACAAAAACCCAGAGAUGUGCCGGGUCCUGUUGACGCACGAGAUCAUGUGCAGCCGCUGCUGUGACAAGAAAAGUUGUGGCAAUCGUAAUGAGACGCCCUCCGACCCGGUCAUCAUCGACAG